AUGUCGAGUUGUGUGAACGAUGAAAAUAAUGAUAAUUCCAAUGAUUUUCUUCCUACUCUUAUGUCUGUUAAUAGUCGACUUGAUUCAGGUUAUUUAACAUUUUCAUCUUCAUAUUUAACAUCUCCAUCUCGUCUAUCACCAUCGAUGGUCGUUUUUAAUCAAUGUGAUUCUCCCUUAUCUGAACAUAAUAAUCAAUCUCCAAUUAAUCCAAUAGCUCAAAAAUUUCUUUCAACCAUUGAUUAUGAAAAUUAUGUAACAACAAGAAAAUAUUUUGAUAUAUUAACACAAUUAAAUCAUCGUAAUGCAUCUCAUCUAAUUGAUGAAAUAUUAAAUAGUUUAUCUAAUCAUGAUUUAACUUCUUGUUUAAAUGUUUCUAAACAAUGGAAUUUUACUGUCAAAGAUUAUCAUCAACGGAAACGAACGAAAAAUGUCAAACGAAAUUUAUUUAAUAAUAUCAUCAACCCAGAACAAUCACCAAUAAGAAAUACGAAAUUAACGAGUACACCAAUGCAAACAAUAACAAAUACAAUUCAUUCGAAAUUAACCAUACCUUUUAACAUUGAAAUAACAAAUACAGAUAAAAAUCGAGUUCAACUUCAACACCAAUCAACGUCAAAUACAGAAGAUAAUAUUCAUCUGGCUGCAAGCACGAUGACGUUUCGUUAUGGAUAUUUGAAAUAUUUGCAUGGACCAACAGUUCCUAAGCGAUGUCCACUUUGUGGCUUUGUUUCAAUUGUUGAUGUGAAUGAUCAGCAUGGCAUUUGUACGAAUCCAUUAUGUCAAAAUAAUUUUUGUCAAUAUUGUUCGGGACCGUAUCAUCCAUCAAGUCCAUGUAAAACUACAAUUGGCCCAAUAAAAUCUCCAUGGCGUAAACGAGCUUCUAUAUCACCUAUUUUUUCCAAUAAAACACGAAGUAACCUGCGACGAUUGCUAAUACGUUAA